CCAAUCUUACACAUCACGACUGUUUUCAACUUUUCAGUUUAGCACUAAGCAGCGAUGUUUAAACAAAAAAAGUCUUCUUCUCGCCCAAGUUCUGGGCCGAAAAAACGCGAUUUAGAUAUGAUAGGUGGAUUGGGUAUGAAUGUUGGUAUUGAUCCAAUGACAAUGUUUGGUGAUGGAGAUGAAAAUGACGAUGAUCUUGAAGCAGAGUUAGCAGCUCUUCGGGGUGGGCAGCCACAGCAGAAACAAAGAAGACCAAAAAGAAAUCUUAUGGAUAUAUCCUCAAUUGAUGCGAUGGCAGCCGAGUGUAUGAAGGACAUUGACUACACUGAAGAUGAGGAUAUUAAUGAUCCUGAUUUACUGGCAGAACUUGACAGCCUUACUCCAUUGGAGAGUACUCCAUCUUUAGAUGGCACUCCUGUUUUACUUCCAACUAAAGCAAGAAGGGAAGCAGUUCCUGGUAAAGAACUGCCAAAACAAUCGGGUGGUGAUGUAGUUGUAAUCACAGAACGUAAGGCAAUGUACGAAACUGCUAUUGCUAAUGCAGAGAAAGCUGGCGAUGGUGGGAAGGCUAGAAGAUUUAAAAGAGGUUUAAAGACAAUUGAUAAAAUGUUAAAAGCGCUCAAAGUGGUAAAGAAGUUAAUAUGGACGAACUGCCUCCACAAGUAGCAACAGGUGGUUCUAAACCAGCAGCACCAACACAAUCCAGUGUAUCUGAAACACCCCCUAUGGUCACUCCUCGAUCAACCUCCUCCAGAGUCCCUAGUGAAGCUACUAACAAUGACCCUAAACAACCUCCAGCUGUACCAUCUAAACCAGUACGUACUCCAAUUACACCUCUAGUUCCUCCAAGAACACCCCCAGAUCCUACAAAAACACCCCUAGUUCCUCCAAGGACACCCCCAGAUCCUUCAAGAACACCAACAGUUCCUCCAAGAACACCCUCAGAUCCUUCAAGAACACCAA